AUGUCCAAGUCCGGCAACCUGGUCGCUUUGUCGGCCAUCCUCAACCCGUCGGAGCCGCCUACCAUUUACUACGCAGAAGAUCCUCCUUACCUGCCUCGCAUCCUCGUCUUCUACUAUCCCGUCCAGUCUGUUGGUUCCCUGGCAUCCACCUCCCGUAUUCGAACCACCAUUCUCAGCGCCGCCGGAUUCAAGACCUAUGGAGCCUUUUCAGUCGCUCCGAAUAGCAGCUACUACGCCGCAGUCCAUAAGCUUCCCGAAGAUAAACAGCGAGACGAUGUCUCCCGCGGAAUUGCUUUCGCACUGUGCAGAUACUUCUCCGAGGUCCCCACCGAGGUCAAGAAUGCCAUAGCCGACGAGAAUUUACAUCACGGCAUCGCAUUGAAAUGGGGCCAGACACAUGCAGCUCAAGUGACAUGUCGAAUGAGCAAAGUCACCAACCCAGAAGAGAUCGUUGAGGCCCUGCGACCCUUCUCCAAAGAGCGACCCCCGAGCCCCCAGUCGCCGAUCAAGCCACUGGCUUCAAUCAGGAAGACAAGGCCUUCGUUUCUCCCACCAGAGUCUGGCAACAACGGAGUAAGCCGAGCCCCGCAUGCCUUCACCCCUUCGAAACGAAUUCCCAGCUUUCAGUCAAAACGGUCCCCUUCCGCCUCAACCCCGGCAAAUCGCAAGGCCAGCACGCCGCUCGCCCCUCAACACUCGCUGGACCAGCUGGAGUCGUUGCGGUUUAAAAUGUGCGAGUUCGUGGAUACUGAAGAUAGAUACAUCACCCGCCUACAAGACCUAAUAGACCUGGUCACACACCAGGGCCGUACUCCCAAAUCUUUGAGUUCCAAAUUCUCAAGCUCGCGCAGUCAAAAAGCCGUCAAUGCCAUGAUCCGGUUCCCUUCUCUUCUGGACCAGAUCAAAGACUUGAAUUUAGCAUUCUUGGAUGACAUUGAGACAGCUCUCCAAGCCUCAGAGGACGCCGCUCUUGCUUUUCUCGAUUCCGCCCAGCGGGACCCUCGACUGCUUCAGACUGCCAAGGAUCCCAUGGGCAUCUAUAGCUUCGCGAAGAUUCUUCUGAACCACUUCCCCAGAUUUCCCAUGCCUUACCGAGAAUACCUUGAUCUCCACUCUCAGGUCGCGUCCAACCUGGAUCAAUUUCUCAAGGAAGGCACAACGUCGAUCCAACAGGCGCCGUCCUUGCUUAUGGAGCCAGCGCAACGUAUCUCACGGUACGGCCUUUACAUUGACACCAUGCUGCCUCACGUACCAAGCAAUUUUACCGUGGCUAUCCGCACGCUUGAGAAGGCCCGCAAAAUCAUCGGCGAAAUAUGUGAAAUGGAGCCUGCGGCCUCGACCAUUCUCGACUCUUUGCGCAUCGAGCACGAGGCGCGGAAAAAGAGCCUCUCCCCAACCAAACUCCUCUCUGGCCUGACUCGCUCAAACGGCACGUUAAGAGAAGCGCCGGCCCUAUCGGGCACCCUCAAAGAUCGUGAUGGACCUCGCCUCUUUCCCAGCUUAGGCAGAAGUCUCAGCCGGAGACAUAAGACUCCUAGACCCGGCCUGGCCGGUAUCCUCUCGGAACAAGAUCCCGAGCAGGUCAGUAACACGUACAGCUCUGCCGGAUCACAAUCACGAAACGAUGAGAACAGACCUCUAACGUCCAGCUCGGCUUUGUCAUUCGGCUCUGGGCCAAAAAGACCACCAACGUCCGGAUCAAGCACGACGAACCGGUCAGCUCCCAGUCCUAGCCCCAACGCUCCUGUCCUGAGGCCUGGCAACAAGGGUGCCAGAGAAGUGUCGCCUGGAGCUGGCAUUGAGCAAUACAAAAUCGAACUUAUGCGCGCCGAGGAGGAGAAUUACAAACUGCUGCAAGAAAACGCCGAGUUGAAGAGAUUGAUCCGUGAGUGUACAUGUGGUGGCGCUCAGAGACGAUGA